AUGACGUCGACACCUCACGAAAACGACUCUUCAUUCCUCUCCUCCGUCGCCGCCGCUUCUCACGGCGUUUCAGACUCGUUCACCGUCGCCACGUGUCAGCAAGACGGGAGUGACUUCCACGUCGACGAUGGUGUGAACGUCAUAAGAUUCGGGACCAAACAGGCUGGUGACGUGUCACUUACGCUUGGUCUACGCCACGCUGGCAAUAUGCCUGAUCAUAGUAAUAAUAAGAAUCCUUCUUUCUCCGUUAGAGACUUUGGAGAUUUUUAG